AUAACUGCCAGUAGCAUUGAAUCUGGCAAGAGCCAUCGCGGUAAAUUUGUCAAGUUUUGAAAAUUUGACAUUUUUUAUUCGUUUUUGUUUCCACAGUACCGUUUUGUUGACAGUAAGAUUUUUUUGAAGCUAACCUGAGGUUCAGAUAUUUCAUGUUUCAAAGAUGAAUGGAAGCAGAUUUACAGUAAACUCUUCCCAUAGAACUCCAUUUGCACCUUUGCAAUGUAGAGUAUUAGAGCCAAGCACAAAAUCUUGUAGUAGGCUAACCAAAGCUUAUUAUCAUUCUCCUUUGGAAGCAGAAAGCAUCCGUCAUCAAAGAGCAAAAGAAUUUGGCCUUUCGCCUCAUCCAACUGAUUCUUUUUUACAUAAUCAAUCUUUUCCUGGUGUACGCACAGCCCCAGAAAAUGGGAAUCAAUGCUUUGAUAUGGGCAAUGUUCACAGAUGUUCUAUAGACAAGUUUAGAGGUGAUGAUAUAAACAGUAUCAGCUUUUCUAUCCCAAAAUAUCGUCAGCAUGAAAGUGACACACUUAAAAAUAAACACUUUGAUGGUAGUUGGAUGCUAUAUAAAUAUAUAUUGAACACAUCUGUGUCUUUAAAGAAGAAUUUACAUUCAUUUCUUCAUAACCCGAGUAAAGCAGUUUUAACGAUUGAUGCCCGUACCACACAGAUCUUGACUGCUAAUCAUAGAGCCUUUACUUUACUUGGUUUAGAUGAAAUAAACGCUUUCAAACUUAAGGAUUUUUUACUUUCUUCAGAUGACCAAAACUUAUUUAGUGAAGCAGACUUGAAGCCAAAUGGGGAAAUAGUUCUUUUUUCUGGAAAAGUGAUGAAUUUAGUAACAAACAUCAAGGAAACUGUGCCUGUCUCUGUCUGGGCUAGACAAAUAUCUACAGCUUCUGAGUUUAGAUGUCUGGUAAUUAUGGAGCCUGUUGAGCGACUAAUGGGAACUGUUAAAUUUGAUUUAACGGGCACAAUAUUUGAUUGUGAUGUAAGCUUUGCUAAUUUGUAUGGUUAUGAAACUUCUGAUCAAGUACUUAAUUCAAAUAUUAAAGAGUUUAUUCCUUCUCUGGAGUUAGAAUGGGAAAAUCAGCAAGAAGGUGUUAUUUCAGAAAGUUGCCUUAAAAUUUGUACUACAGGCAAAACGAAGGACAACUUUAAAUUUCCACUCAACAUUAAUAUAAAGCAUUGCUCAGUAGACGAAAGCCUCGAAUCCUUCUCAGGUGAUCAGCUUAGAUCUGAAUUACCAGCUUAUGAAGGAACUGUUUCAGUUUUCAGCACUAUUAGUGGAAUGAUCACUAUUUUACCCAAUGGAUCUAUUCACAGUUGUAAUACAAAUUUUUCUAUGAUGUUGUUUGGAUACGCUCAAAGCGAACUUGUUGGAGAGGAUAUUUCUGUGUUGAUACCUACAUUCUAUGAUGACAUUGAAUACCUGGAUACAAAUUCUGUUGCUCUUCCUCCUUUUGAUGAUGAUGAUGACUCAAAUGCUAAAUGCUGUAAUUCUGACGGACGCACCACUGCUGACUCAUUUGUUCCAGAUCCUCCCAGGCCUAUUAAUCCUUUAGGGAGACCUCUUAAUGAUGAAGAUAUAGACCUUGCGUUUAGCCCACUAUCAAGAAACAGUUUAUCUUCAGGACAUUCCUUAAACUUUGAAGACUUCCAAGACAGUGAUAAUAUAAAACUGCCUGUGGGUUCAUCAAAUUUAUCAUCUACUGAUCAUUCUUCAAAUAAUGAAGACUCUCCAGAUAAAAACUUCAAACAAUCCUCCCUUCAUUCUACAUUUGAGGAUAGCGCUAACUGUGAUAUGGUUAAAAAUGAAGAGCAAUCUACAUCAUCUCAUGGCAAUAGUUCAAGGCAAAUGUCUUGCAGCGAAUCUCAAGACACUAUUCACUCUGGCACAAAUAGUUUUGCAGAAUCUGAUAUAAAUGCUAAUGUUUUAGAAUUUUCAGAUGGUAAGGAUAGUCCGGACUGUUCGAUAGUGCUGACAAAGGCUGUUUGCAGUGAUAGAGAGGAAGAAGGUGAUAGUUUUGAUAGUGAAUCUGAUGAUUCAAAAAGCGGACACUCUGAGAGUGAGAGUGAAUCAUAUGACAGCGAGGAUGAUGUAUGUUCAGAAAGUGAAUUGAGAAAAGAUGUUUCUUUUGAUGAUAAAAAAAUACAUUCGCCUUUUCCCUGUGACUGCAAAUAUGAGAAUACACAUGCUUUGGAAAAGCAUUCUUCCGAUUGUGUUAAUUCUAGAGCAUUCAGCAUGAAAGUUUCGACUCCAAUACAUAACAGUCAAAACUCUAAAUCUUCACAUGAUCUCUCUAACCAAAGUAUUCCAGAUGGUGUGUAUAUAGGCAUUGGCAGGCAUAAGGAAGGCACAGAUUUAGCUAUUGAAUAUUGUGUAAAAAAAGUUAUUUUGGACACUGGGAAAUUCUUAUACUGUAUAUGGGUGUCUCGUGAUCCUGAAGAAAUCAAGGAAGGUUCUCCAGUUAAUAAAACUAACAGCAGCCAUUUUGAAUCCUCAGGAACUUCACAAUCUGGUACUGAGGAAAGUGGAUCAUCCGUCAAUAGCUCUAUGCUACUUGAGAAAGAUUACAUUGCUGGCCCUUUUUCUGAACAUUAUACAGUGGUACAGCAUUUAGGAAAAGGUGCUUUUGGAUGUAUCAAAAAAGCUUACAGAAAGAUUGAUGGGCUUUUGGUUAUUGCAAAGUUCAUAAGAAAAUCUGAAGUGUACAAGGAUGCAUGGGUUUUUGAUAAUAAACUGAAUAAAAGAGUUCCCCUGGAAAUAAGUCUUCUUACAACUAUUGAGCACCCAAAUAUUGUAAAAGUUGUUGAUGUUUUUGAAAAUGACCAGUGCUUUCAUAUGAUUAUGGAGAAACAUGGUAGUGGGAUGGAUUUAUUUGAAUUUAUUGAACGUAAUCCAAAAAUGGAUGAAGCACUGGCAAGUUACAUAUUUAGACAGAUGGUGUCUGCUGUCAGCUACUUACAUGAUCUAAACAUUUUGCAUAGAGAUAUAAAGGAUGAAAAUGCAAUUAUUGAUGAAAAAUUCAAUGUCAAACUUAUUGACUUUGGUUCAGCAGCAUUUAUGGGAGAUGAUCUAUUCAGUGUAUUUUGCGGUACAACUGAAUAUUGUAGUCCUGAGGUCUUGAAGGGAGAAAAGUAUCGUGGUCCUGAGUUAGAAAUGUUUUCACUGGGUGUCACACUUUUUACCUUAGUUCUUGGACAAAAUCCAUUUGUUGGUGCGGAUGAAAUUUUAAAAGGAGAAUACACUGUUGACCGUGAAAUCUCUGAAAGUUUAUCUGGUUUAAUAAAACACUUGUUGGAACCUGAUCCAAAGAAAAGGUGCACUUUGUCUGUACUUGAGAAUCACCCUUGGAUUAAUCAACCCAUAUUAAUUGCAGAUUACAAAUUUUCUGAAGUUGUUACUGCUAGUGAAGAUGAGUUGUAUCCUGUCAAGUAUAUAACCUUCUCUGAAAGUGAAAAUGAUUACGAUGAAAGCAAUUCUAUUGAUUCAGAUCUCUCAAAUUUAAUGAAAGGAGCAAGUAUUAAAAUGAAUGAUCUAUCGAAUUCUUUGAGUGAAAGUGGGGACAGUUUUUCAUGAACUUGGAUCGUCUAUUUAUUAUUGUAGAUAUGCUCUAACACUCACUCUACUUGGCUUUUCCCAAUUGGGCUCUAGUUUGCUUUACAAUUGAUAAGUAGAUGUUUAUAAUAUUCUAGAAAGUUUACACAGUUUUCUUAAAACUCUAAAAAAGACAUAAUUGAAUUGUCACUAAGUGCCAAAAUAUAUGCCUUAUCAAAUGUGUAGCAAUAUAUAUAUAUUUUUCUGUUCCAAUCACUAAAAAGGUUAGAAACUACAAUUUGUGCCUGUAUUAACUUUUUUAGUAAUAAAUAAAAUACACUCGCUAAAUCUGUUAAUUAACUCUUGACCAAAAUAAUAAUUAGUGUCUUAAACAACUGUACUGCUCAAAUGCUAUAGCCUUUCAGACGUGUUAUUUGUAAUUAUUUAUUUGGAUGUUUUCAAUAACUAUAUAUUGUUGAGUGUGUAUGAAAAUGUACCCUGAUUGUGUUGCAGAUACUGUUACUCUGUAAAUACCAUUUGUGCUUCCAUUUCAUUUGAGCUGAUUUUAUCUUACAUCAUAUCAUGAGCAGAGUUAUUGUUCCUUCUCUGUAGUAUUUAUUAUUUGUAAUAUUUCAUUAUAUUUAAUGCUAAUAAAAUAUUUUUAGUAUGUA